AUGGCGUCCCCCGAAGACACCACUCAUGCCAACAAUCUCGAGUAUACGCUCAAAGAACUACGGCGUGAAGUACGAGAACGCGAACAGCAAUUGAGUAGAUUACGCGCCUCUCAGGAAGACGUUAUUCUCUCACCCAUAGCCCAAGUCCAGGUCAUUACUGCCGCCUUGGACAAAGUCACUGAUGCAGAGCCAUUUGUGCCCAUCCCCGGUUCUCUACUACCCUCAUUAAUAGCCCUGCGCAAGACGCACGCGACUAUUACAGAGUCAAAUGCUCUUGUGGAGGAGCAAGCCAAAUCACAGGAAGCGCAGGACAAGCGGCUAGAAGCCGACCGUGCGGCGCUCAAAGACCAAAAACUCAUACACGAGGCUCUUACAGCGCGAAUAGCGUCGCUGCAAGAGGAGCUAAGCUCAAACGCAGAUGUCACACUUGGCGAUGCCGUGAGCGCAAAGAGGGAGGAGCUGAGGCAGAAAGCCAAGGACUACAGCAGGAGGAAGCGGCAGCUCAUGAUUGAGCUCCUAGCAUUUAUGGAGCGCGAACUCGCGCCGCUCCUCGUAGCCGAAGAGAUGGGGGGGCCGGUGGUGGGAGACUUGAUGGACGUUGACGCCAACGACCUAGCCGCCGGAUUCACCGCACAGGGCAGGCUCAGAAAGACGGGCAAGGGCGACGCUGGCCGGGAGAAGGGGCAGCGGCGCAUCGACGAGAUCUGGGGCAGGGAUGGGGAGGGUGGUGGCCGACGUCCGGCAGCUGAUAAUCAGCGGAGGCGUCCGCUAAACGACGUGGAAGCUGCUGCGGAGGAGAUGCGAUGGCUCACUGAGCAGCUGCUCAACAAGAUGACUGACGCGGCGGGUAACACGGAGGACUCGUACGUGAAUAUCGGGCGCGAGUCCGCUGCCGUUCGAUUCCUAAUACGAUCCAAAGUGGCGCAGUACCACCCAAGAGAUAUUUCACGGAUCAAACUGAUUGAUUUUGGACGAGAAUUGGAAGAAUGA